AUGGCGAUAACUCUGGAGAGACGACUUUCAGGAAGGCACAAGGCACAGGAACUUGAGCCGCAUAUCAUACCAAUGUCAAUAUCAUACAUGAAGUUUGUGCUCAAUGAGAAAUUCCAUUAUGAAGAGCAUUAUGGAAUUCAAAUUCGUGAACUAACUCAAGAAAUCCACGAAUUUUACAAAAUGCAUCUACACGGCUUCCAGUUUUUUGCCGAUUACGAUAUCGUUAAAGAGAACGCCAUGUAUCUAUUGGAUCUGGUGAGAAUUGUUAAGGGUUUCGAAGUGAGAGCCAAGUAUAUUUUCAAGGAACUAAAAGCGAUGGAUCCCAGCCUCUCCAAACAACCUUGUGACGCUCUUGAUGAUAUAAAGAAAGCCCUGACGCCCCAGGUGGAUCUCAUAUUUCAAGUAAGAGAAUGGGUGAUAUUUUCAGAAACCCUUUUGAACGGGCCACGCGAGAAUAUAGAUUAUGAAGUAAUCGAAAAAGAAAUGGACCAAGCACUCAGGAAAUUCAGAGGCCUCCGAAAAUGGUUCAGAGGUCUGAUAAAGAAACAAUUGUUAGAAAGGUGGACCUUCCAAUACGAUGGCAUCCUGGAUAGUCCCGAAGAAAAACUUUGGCCAGGGCCUAUUAAAUUAUUGAAUGCCGUUUUAGAAUCGAUUAGAACAUUGAAGCUAAGUGGUCCGAUAAUAAAAAUUCUCACCAAUCGUAACAUGGUGCGGAGACACUGGAUGGAAAUAUCCUCAAUCUGUGGUGUAACCUUAGAUAAUUUCAAGGGAAUGAGCAUACAACACUUAAUUGAUCUCGGCAUUACGGAAUUUUUGGAAAAAAUUGAGCCUUACAGCACUGCAGCUACAAGAGAGGCUGCACUCAAAAAGAUGCUUGAUGAGAUGUUGUUGGAUUGGCAACAUGUCGUAUUUAACGUUAACUUUUCAACGAGAAUUAUAAAAUCACCCGCGAGAGGUGAAGUCCUCUUGAGAAAAUCAGCGACUAAAGGUGAAGUCCAACCAUUCAUAUGCCGAAGAGACAAAUUCGUCCCACUUAAGAAGUCCUAUUAUAAAACAAAGGGAAAAGUUCGGUCAUUAGAAGAAAUCCAACUCAUCUUAGAUGACCACUUAGGAAAGGCAUUAGGAAUGAAAGGUUCAGCCUUCGUAAGACCAUACAAAGACGAAGUUUGUAACUGGUACGAAAAAUUGGUAUACAUAAAUCAAAUGUUGGAUGACUGGGGAAAGGUUCAAAUACAGUGGAUGUAUUUCUCCCCAAUAUUCUCAUCUCCUGACAUUAUACGUCAAAUGCCGACAGAAGGAGCAUUAUUCGAAGUAUGUUAUAACAUUACCGUAUCGUACGUACAGCUCAUCGAAAUGGUCAAAGAAAACCCAAGUGUUCUACUAAUGUCCGAAAACAAAUUUCGAGAGAAAUGCAUCAACGAAGCAUUGAAGCAAUUGGAUAUAGUGACCGAUGGAGUCAACGCUUAUUUAGAGGAAAAGCGAUUAUAUUUCGCCAGAAAUACCCCAAACUACAUAGUCCGCCUCGAAACAGGAAGAGAACCAGUAAGAAUGAAAGUAAUAAAAAAGAUGAUAAAUCUAUGGACCAAGCUCGAGUUCAUGCCAGAAGAGCGACUCCCAAAACUUUGUUUUAAUAGACUUAAAACAUUAGAUAAGGAAAAGCCUGACAUAGACUUCAAUUGGGUGUCUCAAUUUAGAGCAAUAGCCGAACUUAAUGCCUUUGCAGAAGAGCUUUCUAUUCACCACACAAACGGACUUCUUCGAUACAAAGAUGACUUCCUUGAAAAAGCACACUUCUCAGCCUAAAUAUUGUCCGAAACCAAAGACCCAGCUAGAGUGCAACGUCAUCUAUCGAAAUGCUUCGAAGGUAUAGCGAAGCUCAGUUUCGAUAAAUACAGACGUGUCUGGGCCAUGAAUUCAGCUGAGCAAGAAGAAGUUAAAAUGGUUAAAUACGUAAAGACACGAAAAGCCGGAGGAAACGUUGAAAAAUGGCUCGUUUGGGUUGAAGAAAUGAUGAAACUCUCCGUGAGAGAAUAUAUUCUUUGGGCGUAUGCUACAUACACUAUUAGAGACAGAAAAAAAUGGGUCCAAAUGUUUCCUGGGCAAGUUGUGCUCUGCGUCACCCAGAUCAAAUGGACCAAUGAAAUGCAUAAAUGCUUUGCAACCGGACAGCUGCGAGUAUUAAAACGAUACAAUAAAUGCUUAAAGAAACAGUUAUCUCAUGUGAUCAGGCUGGUGAGAGGAGACCUUCCUGCGUUGACGAGAGUGACACUUAGUGCCCUCGUAGUAUUAGACGUCCAUUCAAAAGAUGUAACCGAGGAAUUAUAUUACCUCAGCGUUUCGGACAAGAAAACAAAAAGGAAAGACGUACGUGUAUGUAUCAUCAACGCUGCGGUGAAUUACGCUUACGAGUACCUCGGAAAUACAACGAGGCUCGUCAUAACACCGCUUACCGAUAGGUGCUACCGUACGCUCAUCGGCGCCUACAGUCUUAAUUUAAAUGGUGCGCCUGAAGGCCCGGCCGGAACGGGCAAAACUGAGACUACAAAAGAUUUAGCAAAAGCUAUAGCUGUACAGUGCAUCGUGUUUAACUGCUCCGAUGGAUUGGAUUACUUAGCCAUGAGAAAGGUGAGUACUAUGAUACGAUGUCUUUAA